CAGUAGUCGUCUCCGGACUCCACCGCUGGGUUCGCUAGUCGGAAGUACAUCUUGUUUCCACCGUGUAUGUGCGGCGUCUCGGACACGAAUGGACAGACGCGUGGAGCACAAUGGAGACCAGCAAUAAUGCCACAGCCCAGAAUGAUGCUGGUGGUGACCGGAGAUGAUUUUGGCUAUUGCCCAAGGAGGAACCAGGGGAUCGUGGACUGCUUCCAGGCCGGAGGCAUUUCCAAUGUGUCACUGCUGGUUAACGCCUGUGCUGCCAAAGAGGCGGCAGAUCUGGCGAAAAGGCACAACAUCCCCAUCGGCCUACAUGCCAACCUGUCCGAGGGCAUUCCAGUGUGUCAGCAGGCCUCCACGCUGACCAACCAGCACGGCUUUUUCCAUGGGAAGAUGGGCUUCCGUCAGGCCCUCGAGAGAGGUCAGCUCAGCAUGAAGCAGGUGGAGCUUGAGUUGAGGGCCCAAGUCAGGCUGUUCAGGGAACUGACAGGUCACCUGCCCCAUCACAUGGACGGACACCAGCACGUCCAUGUACUGCCAGGGGUGCGUGAUGUAUUUGCACAGGUCCUGUCAAAUCUCAAGAUUCCAUACACCCGUGUUCCCGUGGAGACGGGCCUACACAGCUGUCCAGCACUGCCGGCACACCUCCAAAGGUUCUACGCACAGGUGGAGAAGGAUGCUCUGGACUCCAUCCCUGUCUUUACACGCUACGGAAUCAGGUGGCCAGACGUGUACCUGGGGCUGAGUACCAUGGGACAGAACAUGUCCGUACACAACCUGCAGAGGGCCCUCGGCCACGCCCUGGCUGUGGGGCCCUCUUUGGCCACUACCUCUGGCGGUGCCUCGGGCUCUCACCAGCCUGUGGUCACAGCGGAGCUCAUGGUCCACCCGGGUUACCCCAGUCAACCCCAGGAGGGAGGCUGUGGAGAGGGCCCCGACGACUUCUCCCGCUCAGCUGACCGACAGCACGAGCUGAGUGUGCUCAGAGACCCGGCCCUCCUGGAUCUCUACAGCCGGGAGAGGGUUCAGCUAUGUGCCUUCAAAGACAUCUGAGGACCACUAUCUAAGUAUACUGUAGAGAGACAAAGUGAGUGAGUCACAUCAACAUCUGCAAUAACAGAAAUGACUAAAUCUGCCCUAAUUAUUAGAAUGUGAUGUGGGUCACUUUAUAUGUCCGGAAAAUAAGGGAUGGUGACAUUUUAACAACAAAACAAUGUUAUACUGUUUUAAUCUCCGCCAGGAGAUCAUGUAAUUGGUUACGGGACGAGCGCUCUAUCUUGUGUGCCACAGCCUCCCCCAUAUUCAAUCAAACAUUAUGACAGUGGUUGUUGCAGACACACCUGACUAAAUUCUGAAGUCUACUGAGGUCACCUUUCUAGUUUAUUUCAGACAAACAGAAUUUCCCGUAAGCACCAGGCAGUAACAGGUCAAAGGUCACCAACUGUCAAGCGGUUGCUAAUAAAAUGGGCUUGUCUCUCUCUUUAGUCCAGACAUGGCUACAUAACAAAAGCACAUCUUAUAUAAAUAUAUAUUUUUUAAAGGUUUAUAAAAGCACAAAAAGAUGUGCACUACAACGCUGGUAAAACUUGAUAAAAGCUGUAGUUUUUUUAAUGCUUACUAAUAAAUCAUGAACUUAGCUGACAAAUGAUAUAUAGUAAAUACAAUAUUAUAUACAAUAGUAAAUAUGACUUCAGAGCACGAAAGCACUACAAAAAAAACUACAGUAACCUACAAACUGGAAGUUUAACUUUAAAGUUUCGGGAGAAGCAAAAAGGGGUUUGUUUAAAUUGACAGUUUGUUCUCUAUGUCAGCCAUAGGAGGGACUGAUUACAGAUCAGUGUAUUGCCCUUCCCCACACGUCCGUUGUGGCACAUUUUCAAUACAGGUUUUUAUAAUUGCAGUUUUGUCCAUCAUCAUGAACUGAACUUGAAAACAAACAAGCAGGACGAGUCAAACUUCUCCAGAAGAGAAAAUCAAGAUGAACAGCCUAGAUUAUGAACGUCCUUUGUGGUUUUAUAGAUCUGCUUCAACUUUGACCUUGUGUUCUCGCAAGAGUUGUGUUCACAGUAAAAUGAGGGACUGUUUGCAAGAAGUAGGCGUGCUCACAUUGAGUUCAGUUUUUAACUUAUGAAGUUUGAAGACCUUCAUUAUUUCCGUUGUUAAAUUUCUUAUGGGCUCAGUGUAAAAUAGACAAGGGGUCAAGGGGGACCUUCAGCAUUAUCCUACCAAGUGAUUGAAGCCAUGUCUUUGUAAGUAGUUUUUCUGUCAGAGGGUGGAGGGAUGAUUUCCAAAGAUCUCAGGUCUGUGUAGCACAAGAAGCACUGGACAUCUAAUUAAACUGCCAAAUGUGUGUCUCUUCAGUGAACGUUAAUUUAACACUCUGGUUUCUAAUCACCCGUAACAGUUCACUUUGUUUUGUAAUAUUUACAGCCGUUACCUGGUCAUUUGAAAUAUUUUGAUAAAGUUUAUUUUGAAACUCUUUUUAUGCAUUUCUUUGUUUGAUUUGUAACAAAACAGCUGGGCUAAUAAAACUGAUGUUAACUUAA